AUGGUCUGUACUCGAAGAGUCCCGGUGCUCGGGGCCUUUGCAGUUCUGGCGUCUCCCUUGGCAUUCCUGCGGCUCCCCUUUGAGCGCCCCGUGGGCCUUUUGGGCUCCGGCUCCAGGGAGCGACUGAGGAUCCCCUCCAGAGCCCUUCGAGGUGACCUCGAAAAUUUGCGCAAGCGAGAGUUGAUUGAGAUGUUGACGAGCCGCAACGUAGACGCUGCAGGCCUCACAAAGCCAGAGCUACUGCAGCGUCUCAUGGAUCUGGACGGCAAGUCGACUACCGUUAAACCUUCUAUGUCCCAGCGGCAAGUCGCAGAAAUCGCAAUGGACGAUUGGCAAAAUGCCACGACUGUGGGGUUCGAUUGCAAGUCAGGGAGGCAUACUGCGGAUGGAGUGGAGUUUGACAUCAUUGGACCAACCGGCGUCGUAGAGCACACGGCUCGAUUCUCCGCUUCCUGGCCUCCUACAUGCACCUGCCCAGAUGCGAGACAGUGGGGCAGCCAAUUGCGGUGCAAGCAUGUGUGCAUGAUCUUGGUGAAAUGUGGCGUCCCUUACGCAGCAGUUGCUGAUGACGACUGGAAGCCAGGCGAAAUGGAAAUUCAAAGCAUCGUCCAGCACAUGAAAGGGCAAUGGUCACCCAUCCCACUGGAGGCCAUGACCUGCGGCUCCCUGCAGCAAGAUGAUGCAGCACGAGACUUUGCUGAAGGGCUGCUGGGAUCGAUCUGGUCACUCCGCUAUGCCAAGAAGUUGCCGCAGAGCUUCAUGCUGUUUGCCCAGACGGCGCUGCAGCUUGUCUUCCCGAAGUUUUGUAUGUUGUCGGCACUAGUCGGCCGGCAGCAGCUUGCAGGACCCUCCUUUGCGGGACCCUCUGCCAUGCCCAUGAGCAGGUUUGCCGCCCACUUGGCUACAGGAUCCGAAGACGUCCCAAUGCAGUUGCAGGAGAUGCCCGGGGCGUUCGUGAUUCACAAACCGGCAGGCGCGGCUUCUGGCCAGUCCUUUUCGGCAGGCGACUUGGGACUUCUAUUCUCGCAGCACACAGGCUGGUGUGUGGACCAGGGCGAAGAAAGCCUGGUUGAAGCGGACGAAGAGAAGAUGAGCUACUUGUCCAGCUUUGCAGCUGGGAAUGCACCUGGAAAGCCGGCGGAAUUCAUUGCAUGUUGGACGUUCUUGGGCCUGAUACUGGCGGCGACCACCCACGACGUUUUCUACGACCUGCGACUGCAAUUGGCCUGCGGCAGCUUUGUGCGAGACUACCAGGUCCUUUGCCAUGGAUGGCUUCGUGGCCGCCACCAUGUGCGUGCCGCGGUACACUGGGUGAGCGAUGGUCGAACGACCAGCAGCAAGAUCAGCCGGUUUGGUCGUCCGUCCUCUACAUGGAUGCGGCUGUCGGCAUCUUUCCUAGUAACGUCGCAGGUCCUGAGCCUGUUUCUCAUGCGCAUCGCCACCGGGCGGAAGCAUCAAAUACGGGUGCACUCUGCUCAUGUUGGCCAUGCCGUCGUUUGUGACGGCAGAUAUUCCACGACUGGCACUUACCAAGCUGAUCUGAAGUGGUGUCCUCGCAAUUUUUUACAUCGUUCCCGUCUGUGCUUUACCAUCAACCAUCGGACUGUCGAUAUUGAGCAAAGGCUCCCCGCAGAUUUGAUGGGUGCGCUUCAUCUCUGCAUCCAGAGACAGCAAGGACUUACCGAGCUCAGCCGACCUUACGACAAAGCUGCGGAGGUUUUGGGCAAGAUUGCCCAAAUCAGAGCUGAACGGGAGCAGCGCGAUAAGGACUUUGCGAUCCUCCAGGACAUCAUCGGCCCGACACCACCACCUCCGCCUGAGCCUUCGCGCAAGAUGACUUUGGUGCUGCGCAAGAUCCCUGUCAUCAGCUUGAAGUACCAUCGUACACGAAUCGGGUCGCUGUGCUACUUCGCCAGCAUCGGGGAUGCACCCAGCGUGAAGUACCUGCUUGAGCAGGCCAGGAGAGGCGGUGACGAUUUCUUUGUCAACAGUGUGGACGAUGAAGUGUGCAGGCGCACUGCACUACAUUACUGCGCCAUCGAGGGCAACGUGGAGGUGGCCGAGGCCCUGCUCCAAGCCGGGGCAGACGUCUUCUUCCGCGACAGGGAGGAGCGCACUCCACUGCACCUGGCGGCAGCGAUGGGUCAGGUGGGCGUUGCCAGGCAGCUGCUCGGAACAUGUCUGUCAAGGAUGCGUGAAGCAAUGUUGCAGCGCUUUCGCGCAGAGCGACUCGAGCCAACAGAUCCAUGGGAGGAUCCGUCGAUGGCCGACCAGCGCGCCGCGAAGCGUGUCAUGGCGGAGUACCUCCAAGUGCUGGAGGAGACGCGGCGGGACCUCUUCUUGUCAGAGGCGGACCGACAUCAGUUCACCUGCCUCCACUACGCUGUGCGGGACGCCUACGCUGGCUGCUUUCAGGUACUCAAGCAGCUGCCUCAGAUCUCGGUGGCAUUUCGCAGCAUUUCAGGCAAAUUGUGA